AUGCUUGCGUCAACGACGCAAGAUACCGUGAAAAAUGCAACUGAUAGUGUUCAGAAAGAGUUAUCAUCAUCUGAAACUCUUCCUCGUCCACUAUCAACAGAAAAUCCAGAUGAAUUUUAUAAUAUUAUUCAACAACAAUAUAGAGGUAUUUGGGGAAAAUUGAAAUUUGAAGACUCUCUUGGUGAUUAUUCUGGCGAGGGCCGACCAUUUCUUUAUGUUGAUAGUAACAUUGAAUUAAAUGUUCUAAGUCAAUUCAUGGCCAAAGAAUGGAAAUUAAAAGCACCAAAUUUAGUUAUACCUAUUCUUAGUGCUAUUUCACGCUAUAAACUAUUUAAAAAUCUUAAAAUGAUUGAAGCAUUAAAAAUUGGCAUAAAAAAUGCUGCAAAUGCCUCUGAAGUAUGGUUUAUUACAAAUGGUCUUGAUCUUGGUUUGCCACAAUUAAUUGGAUCUUCUUUUCGAGACGAAACUUCAUUAAGACGAGCUGACGAUGCAUGGGCGAUACAGAUGGGUCGUGAUCCAAAAAGACGUAAAGCAUUAGUUUUAAUUGGAAUUGUUUGUGAUGAUGAAAUUAAAGGUUUUAUUGAUUUCAAAUCAGCACAAGAGAAACCAAAAAAGGAUGUAAAAGUAACAAUGCGUAAACGUGAUCAAAUAUCAUUAAACAGUGAUCAUACACAUUUUAUUAUAAUUCGUGAACAAUCGAUUGAUUCUAGUUCAAUGGAUGAUUCACUGAAAAAAAAUGUUACAAUUGAAACUGGUGGAAAACAGCUAGAAAAAAUAACAGAUGCAGCUGACAGUGCUACAAAUAGAUUUCGUGAUCGUUUCGAACAAUUUUUACAUCAAGAAAGAUCACAAGAACAAACUACGUCUCCCGUUGGAUCACCACCACCAGCAACAACCGAUGCUGCAGCAGUAGCAUCAAAUAAAUCUAAUCCAUGGGGUGACGAUGGUUUUCCAAUGGUAUGUACAUUAGCUCGUGGUACACCAGGCACUAUAGAACGUGUGUAUCGAAAAAUUCAAAAUGAAGUUCCUAUCGUAGUUCUUAAAGGAACUGGAUCAGCUACUGAUAUUAUUGCAUUUGCUUAUGAAGAAAUUUGUGCUAAAAUUGAAAAAGAUUAUGAAGACAGUUAUUUAAAAGUUGAAUUAACUCGGCGUAUACUCGAUGACUAUCCUUUAUUAAGAAAUAAUAAUGUUAAACGAAAUGAAAUUCGUGAUUUUAUUAUGUCAAUUGUGUCAAUUGUUAAAAAAAAAGAGCAAGAAAACAGAAAAUUUUUAACAUUUGUUGAUAUUAAUAGUGCAACAGCAUCAUUGAAUGAUUUUCAUAAAUUUAUUCUUUUAGCACUUUUGCAAUCACAAAAAAUGGUAACUGGUAGUAAAGUUAACAUUCAAUUAAAACGAAAUCUCUUAUUAACACUUGAUUGGAAUUUACCAGAUUUAGCUUUAUCAGAAAUUUUUCAACGUGAUGAUAAUUUGAGAUAUUCUAUUCAACCAGAAUUAUUUGAUAAAGCCAUAUUGGGAAAAAAACUUGAACCCUUUGUUGAUUUAUUUCUUGAUCGAGAUUUUGUUUUACAUCGAUAUUUAAAAUCAGACAAAUUAAUUUUUUUAUUCAAUAAUGCGAAAGAUAAAGAAUUUUUGACAACAACAUCAAUUGAAGGAAUUCUUGGUGAGACAGGAGAUGAAGAAGAAGUGAAAAAAGAAUUUGUUGAACAGGGUCUUAAUACAAUUGUUAAACGUUUAACGGAUAUUAGUCAUUUUUUUAGUAAACAUGAAAUGGAUUGUAAUGCUAUGGGUAUCUAUUUCGGUGAUAAAUCAGAUAAGGGUGUUCAACGACAACGAAUAAGAGCAGAAAAAAAAGCUCUUCGACAUUUAAUUAUUUAUGCUGUAUUAAUGAAUCGACAUCAAUUAGCAAAAAUUCUUUGGAAACGUUCAGCUGAACCAAUUCCAUUAGCAUUAAUUUGUUAUAUGAUGUUUAAAAAAUUAGCACCAUAUUGUCAUGAAUCUUAUCAGAGAACAUUAAUAGAAAAACAAGCAAAAGAAUUUUCUGAUUGUGCUGUAGGUGUUCUUGAUAAAGCAUUCAAUGAAGAUAGUAUGAGAACAUUUGAGAUGCUUGAUGAAAAACAUGUGGAUUGGAGUCAUAUGGCAACUAUUGAAUUAGCUUAUAAUGCAGACAAUAAAGAAUUUGUCGCACAUGCUGCUUGUCAAAAAUGGGUUACAAGACAAUUUUAUGGAGAAAUUACACCACGUGAACUUCCAUGGGGAUUAUUUAAAUGUCCUGAUUCUAUUAAAAUUGUAUCUUGUGCUGUUUUGAUAUUUCCAAUGUGGUUUUGGAUAAAUUUUUCUCCAAUUGGUCAAGCACCUCCAACAGCGAAAAAAGCGAGUGAUUUACCACCCGAUGCAAAAAAAGGUUCACAACCAGUACCAAAAAUUGAUCAAGCAAAAAAAUCAGCUGAACAUGUUGGUGAAGUUAACAUUCGACAAGGAAGUGGAAUUUUUCAACGAAUAAGACAGUCUUUUCAAGGUGAUCAUCGAAAACUACAAAAAAAUACACUAGACGUAUCGAAACCUGAUGAAAAAAAAAUGAGUCAUUUUGAAGAAAUUCAAGUUUUAUGGUCAGCUCCAAUAACGAAAUUUUAUACAAAUUUCGUUGCUUAUCUUGCAUUUUUAUUCUUUUUUACAUUGGCUGUUAUGUGGCCAUCAUGUGGAAAUUUAUUACUUGAUUGUAUUGUUUGGUUUUGGGCAGCAUCAAUUGCUUUUGAAAAUACACGUGUUGCUUAUGAAAAAUAUUGUUCUCAGAGUAGUUUACCUUUGCAUCAAGCAGUAUUAGAAGUUAUGGUACAAACUAUAUUUCUAGCACUUUAUCUUGGUGUUAGGAUUAUUGGUUUAUGGAACUUUGGAACUUGUCACAUUUUACCAGCAAAAGCAAUCUUAGGUCUUGGAUUAAUUUAUUAUUAUUAUCGAAUAUUAUUUAUAUUUUUACCGAUAAGUCCAAAACUUGGUCCGAUGAUGAUUCGUCUUCAACGUAUGAUAAUGGAUGAUUUUUUUACGUUUUUACAAUUAUUUGUGAUAUUUAUGAUAUCAUCUGGUGUUGCAAUAACCGCUGUACUUUAUCCACAUCAUCCACUUAAUCUAGAUUUAUUUACAAGAGCUUUUGUAUUUCGUGGCUUAAUGGCAUUAUUUAGUAGUGAAAUGCUUGAUUUAAAAAAACAAGACAAUCCAUGUACAAUAAAUGCGACGAAUCCAACAGAAAAAGAAUAUGCUUGUCUACGAUUAUCUCAGGGUCUUUCAUUUAGUUAUGAUAAUGCUUAUGCAUAUCAGCGAUAUGGAAUACCAACAUCAAAAUGCAAUCAACCCUCAUGGAUAGCUUGGUUUUUACUUAUACAAUAUUUCUUUUUAGCUAAACGUUUUCUUACAUCACUUUUAACAGCUAUGUUUGGUUUAACUGGAGCAAGAGUACAAAGUCAAUCUGAACAAAUAUGGAUGUAUAAUCGAUAUGAAAUUGUUAUGGAAUAUGCUAAACGACCACGUUUACCACCACCUUUUGUUGUUAUUUCUUAUAUCGUUAUGUUGAUAACAAGUUGUAGUCGUCGUUGCAUUAUAAAAGCCAAAGAAUAUUCUGAUAAAAAAAGUUCUGCUGCAAGUCGACUUCGUACACAAUCAUCAAGAACAGAAACAGAUAAUCAUGACGAUAAUAUAAGUAGUUUCAAGGAUUCACCACAUGAAAUAAUCCAAGAUCGUUCAUUAGUAGGACGUUGUCUUAGUUGCAAACCAUGUAAAGCAGUUACAGAUAAUGAAACAAUGAAAAAUAAUAUGGAGAAUCGUGAUACAGAAGAUAGUGAAGCAAAUCUAUAUUGGAAAUAUAAAGCUAAAGAAUAUUACGCUAAAACACAAGAAGCUGAUAAAGUACAAGAAAAACUUGAUAAUUUAUCAAACUGUGUAACAAAUAUACAAAAAGAUAUCGAUGUACAACGAAAAUCCUUACGACAAAUCAAUGAUCGUGUUGGUUCAUUAGAUAGAUUAUUGAUUGAUUCACAUAUAUUACUUGAAAAAAUUCGUUCAACAAUUCAACGAGGAGAUAAAUCAUUACCUGAAGUUGACAAAUUUGCUCAUAUUUUAUCAAGAGAAUCACCAUAUAUUUAUACAAAUGAACCGCGAUUUCCAGUUACAGAAAGAUAUAUUUCUUGGAAGGCUCAAUUUGAUUUAUAUGAUCCAACCGUAAUUUCAUUACCAAAAGAACAUGUUUGUUUUAAAGAUAGUGAACGACCAUUUGUUGAACCAGAUUUAAUAAAAUCAACUUCUGAUGAUGAUCAGACUGGUCUUGUUGAUGAUUAUGAAGAUGAAUCACCAGUGGGGGAUGACACAACUGCUAAAUCAUCAGUUCCUAUAACUCAACCAGACUUAUUUGGAGCUAUUGAAGCACCAGUAACAACAGUAACAAAUGAUAUUACUAUUCCAUUCACAGACUUCAAAUGGAAUCAAGUAGUUGAAUUACAGUUAUCCAAUGGAAACAAGAUCAUGAUUGAUCGAACAACUUGGAUAACAAGUUCUGCAGAUACAACAUCUACAGAUUAUGAAUUAGAUGCUCAAUUAUUGAUACCUAUGAAUCCCAUGGGUCGUACAGGUGUGCGUGGUCGUGGCGCAUUAAUUCGAUGGGGACCAAAUAAAUCUAUUAUGGCUGUAAUAACACGAUGGAAAACACAUCGUGGUCAAUUUGCUAUUAUUGAUGGACAAAGAAUUUUAGAAGCUUUAGUAUUUAAAGAUAAAUAUACCAAUGAUUGGAGAUUACCUGGAGGAAAAAUUUUAGGUGUUGAAUCUUCAUAUGGUGCUGUAUGUCGUAGUUUUAAUAAAUUUGCUUUUAAAGAUUAUGAUUCUGAAUACAGUUUAUCAGUACAAGAAAAGGAUAUGAUUGAAUAUUUUCAAUCAUUUGCUCGUUUGCCGUUCAGUACUGCUGAACCAACUGGCUUUGACUCCCGUAUGGUUUAUCGAGGAUAUAUUGAUGAUCUACGCAAUACAGAUAAUGCUUGGGUAGAAGCAGAAAUAUGGAAUUUUCAUUAUGAUUCAGACACGCCCUUUCCUAAUUUGCGUACAGAUGGUAUGGCAAUAUGGAAAGAUGUGACGAAUAAUUCUCGAGGUUUUCUUAUUCAAUCAUCAAUUUUGCGCGAAAUAGCUCGAAUUCAUGAUGCUUAUUUUGAGUGA